CCAGGGGGUAGUAUGGAGACUUGAAGGCGGGAUGUGCUGUCCUCCCUCCUCCUUGUAAGACUGAGCAACUUGUUGUGUCUUGAUUGGAAAAGUUGGUUGAAAAGAAAAGAACGCUCUAAAACUACCCACGGAUUCAACCUUUAAUACAAUCUGAGGAGCCACGGUUCUGAACCGAUGCUCAGAAACAACUAAACGAUAACUAUUUCGUCACUCCAGAACAUUUGGAAAACUUUCGAAGAUUCUCAAAUGGGAUCUAACAUCUGGGAAAAUUUGUGGCAUAUUUUCCUUCGAUGAAAUUGUGAACCGCUACUAUGGAUUGCGUAGUUUGCAGCCUCUCACAUGCGUCAGUCCCGGGAUAUCUGCGCAUUGUGUUUCUCUGUUUGAUGCAGUUGAGAGCGCUUGCCCAGUUAGCUCCAGAGUGCUACCCGGGAGGUUACCGCAUGUUGAGAAACCCGUAUCGCAGCGUGGACUUUGACUCCAGUGACCUGCAGAACACUGCUAUACAGGACCUGAUCUGUGAUCACUCCCUCUCCCCAGGAUGGUACCGCUUCAGCAUUAACAACAAGCCUGCAGAGAUGCCCACCAGCUGUGUGGAAAUGAACAGAUGUGGCACCCAGGCGCCUGUGUGGCUGUCUCUCACUGAUAGCUCAUUGCCCCGCCCAGGGGAGGUCCGCCAGCUCUCGGCCUGUGCCACCUGGCAGUUCUUCCACGGGAGCACCAAGGACUGCUGCCUCUUCCGCAUCCCCAUCUCAGUACGCAACUGUGGAGAGUUUCUCCUGUACUACCUGCAGCCCACCCAGGGGUGUAUGGGAUAUUGUGCCAAAGUCAUAUCAGAAUUUGGACCUAAAUUAUGUGCCCCGGGUGAGGUGGAAGUCAAUGGGCAAUGCAAAGCAAGUCUCCCUGCAUUAUCCUACAAGCCUGUGAUCAUCCCAGAGCUGGUGGGCAGCAGUGUCCACCUGCGAUGCACCUUCAGUGGGGUGAAGACCUCGGGACUCCCCUUGGGCUAUCUGGUGGUCUGGGCCCGACACCUGGCAUCCAAUAUGAAGGUGGAGAUCAGGAAAGAUUCUAUCAUGGAGACCUUCUCAUUGGUGGAGAUGGACGGAGUCCACUUCAGACUGGGGGAGACGUUCUCCUGCAGUGUUUCCACGUUACUGGGUAACGCCAGCCGGACACAAUCUCUGGCCAAAGAGAGUGAGAGCUUCUACGCUGGAAUUAAGUUUGUUCCAGAUGUGCUGCACAUUGCGGAGGACGGAAAAGAGCAUGCUGUAACCAUCCACAGUACAGUGCCUAUCCCUUGUUACGGGACAGAGAAUGGCCGACCAUGUGGAGUCACUCUCACUCUGAGUGUCCGUGACUCAGACAGCCUGGAUCCCAGUGUGGAGGCCCCCAACAUGGCCCUGUCUACCUGCCAGGUGGAGCUGCAGCCUACUGCAGCCUGCAGCCGGAGACAGGGGUGUGCCUGGGCCAGCCUCACUCUCACCGCCGUCACAGACUUCACCCGCGACGGCAACCGCCCCAGCCUACUCAGCGCCACGCCACGCUCUGACGCACCGCGCCUCUGGAGGGGAUACAGCCCCACACCUCUCAAGGUCACAGUUCAAGAUGUUCCCACUGCAAGCUGCUACUCUCUGACUGAUCCACACAUCAUUACGUUGGAUGGCAGACGCUAUGAGAACCAACAGACGGGUACCUUCCUCCUCUACAAGAGCCUCCACCGAGCGUUCGAGGUCCAGGCUCGCCAGUGGGACUGUGGCAGCCGCCAUUACGCUGUGUCCUGCAACUGUGGAGUGGCGGCCAGGGAGGGAAACGAGGUGGUCAUGCUGGACAUGUGUAAUGGUCAGCUUCAGGAGACCAGGCCCCAGCUCUCUCUGAAGACCCUGGGAGGAUAUAACAGAGGCUCCAGUCAGUAUCGGAUCAAGAUCCAUGAAUCUCACCAGGGGAAGAAAAUUACAUUGAUCUUUCCAUCUGGGGCCUUUGUAAGGGCGGACAUCAGUGAUUGGGGGAUGAGCCUGUCAAUCAGAGCUCCCAGUGUGGACUACAGCAGUACCACGGGACUCUGUGGGACGUUCGACCGGAACGGUCACAACGACUUCCAUGGACCUGAUGGGACCACCUAUGGGAGCACUGAACAAGAACGCUUUGUGGAGGAAUGGAGGCUAGCCGCGGGGGAGAGCUUAUUUGACACCAUGCCCCCUGUAAUGGAGGUGGAGGAACUACGGCCUUUCUGUCGGUGUCAGGAGGGCUAUAGCAUGUCUCUGCAUUUCACCACGGGCCACACUGGCGAUCGCCACUACAACUUUAACCCCUCGUCACCCCAGCACCAGGCCCAGUGCCAGUCUCAUGACAACGUGGAUUACACCUCUGUCUUCCCCUGGGUGGACACUACCACUGAGUACAUUAGUAGCUCUGAGCCAGAACAAAGUGACCACCAGGGAGUGUCCAUCCUGAACAGCCCAGCUCUGCCUAUGGAGAUACACAAACAGCCGAGUUCCCAGAUGGUGGACUAUGGUGGGUUUGGGGACCACGGUGAUAAGAGUGAGAGAGAGGUUGACAGGGAGCUCAGAAGAGACUUCCUGGUUGCCGUAGACGACAACAGGCCCAAGACAAAGAGACAGGCGCUGUACGAGUUCCAGCCCAUCUUCACCUCUCAGUCCCUGAGCCAAGCGGACCUGGAGAGCUUAGCCUAUUUCUUCCCUGAGGACCACCACCUGUCUGCAGAGCGACCAGUGGCUCAGCCUGUGUGGCCCACCCCGAGUGGGCUUACCUCGGUCAAGGCCCUGGAGGUGUGCCAGCUCGCCCUGGGGAACUCCACGGUGGGAACAGUGUGUAGAGGGCUGCUAGGCCGGAGGCUGGAUGAGGCAGUGGACCUGUGCAUCCUGGAUCUGCAGCUCAAGGAUGACCUGGCCUGGGAGGAGGCUCUGGUGCACUACCUGGAGAACGAGUGUGAGAGGAGGCUAUUGGAGAACCGGACCCAGAGGGUCCUGGAGCUGGGGGAGUCCAGGGCUGGGCUGGAGGGGGUUGAGGGGAUCAUUGGGACGGUACUCACCGCACUGCGCUGCCCCAACUUCUGCAACGGGAACGGCCAGUGCACUGAGUGGGGUUGUCAAUGCUAUCCUGGCCACAGCUUCUACGACUGCAGCCUGGCUAUCAGUCAGCCCGUGGAGUUGACAGACCUGGAGAACAGUGGUCUGUGUGACAUCAGAGCGUUCGACUGUCGCAGCGUCCGGGUCUUCGGCCUCGGCUUCAUCGACUCUCCCAACCUGGGCUGCCACCUCACACGACUGAUGUACCUGAAUGGUGAGCGGGUUCCGCGAGAGAAGCAAAGGACCAGAGCUACCUUCCUGAGCUCCAAGGCUUUGGACUGUUCUGUCCCCUCGCUGAACAGCAUGAUGACUAUCAACUCUGUCGACUUUAUGGUGGAUGACAAACCCUAUGCUCGCUGGGAAGUCAAGGUGACCAAUGACGGCUCUCAGUACAGUGAGCCUAAGUUGCUAACAAUCUACGAUGGUGUGUGCCAGGUGUGUGAACCAACCCACUCCGGACUCUGUAAGUUAAAGGAGAGGACAUGCAAUAUAGAUGGAAUGUGUUUUGCUAAAGGAGACUCCAAUCCUGCCAGCCCCUGCCUCCUCUGUAAUCCAAACACAUCCAAAUUCACGUGGUCCGUAAAUGAAGUUAACCAGCCCCCCAUCCUGCACGAGCCUCAGGGGGGCCUCAGCACCUUCGCGGGGGAGAACUUUGUGUUCCAGUUCACGGCGGCGGACCCUGAGGGCUCGGCGCUCCUCUUCCUCCUGGAGCAGGGCCCUCCCGACGCCAGCCUCUCCCCCGCCGGCCUCCUCAUCUGGAAAGUCCAUCCAGUGGAGACACAGGGGAAGUCUCGGCAGAGCUUCGAGUUCACGCUGUCCGACGAGUGCAAUGCCCAGAGCAGCUACACCGUCGAGGUGGCUGUGAAACCUUGUGGGUGUUUGAACGGCGGGACGUGCGUGACCAACGUGGCCUUCCCGGCGGGCAGCGGAGAAUACCUGUGUGCGUGUCCCCAGGGGAUAGGAGGGGUCCUGUGUCAGGAGGACUUUGACGCGUGUCUUUCGGCUCCAUGCGGUGCCGGGGGGUGUGUUGAUACCGUUGAUGGCUUCCUCUGUGAAUGCCCUGCAGGCCUGAGAGGCGCUACCUGUCAGGAAGAUGUGAAUGAGUGUGAGAGGACCCCCUGCUUGCCUGGAGUCCAGUGCUUCAACAGCUUCGGCUCCUACAGGUGUGGAGGCUGUCCCCACGGCAUGCUGAGAGAUGGGACCACCUGCACAACAGCUGUACGGUCAAUCCCCAUUGUCCCCAGCAUUGGACCCACCACUGUCCCUACCACCACCACCACCUCUAAGUCCUCAUCCAACAACAGACCAGACCAACACAAUCCACCCAGGAUGGACACUGGCCGACCUGGAAUCCCACCGACCAAUCAGCCUGGACUCCCACAAACCAACAUGCCUGGAGUUCCAGAGGCCAACAGGGCACCUGUCAAGGCCCCAGCUGUACAUACACCAUCGAAGAAUGGACAAAAAACUGGCUUAGGGCUAUCAUCCCAUGCAGGGAACAACAACAAUGUGACAGGUACGUGUGCCAGCCGACCGUGCUUCCUGGGGGUCCAGUGCAUCGACCGACGUCCACCCUACACGGGCUAUGUCUGCGGGCGCUGCCCACCGCCCCUCAAUGGCAACGGACGCACCUGCACCAAAACGGCUCGAGGUAACCCUCACCUGACCCAGCAGCAGCUGACAAUAGCCAAGAGCAGCAAACUCUACCACCACAGCAACAGUAAAGUGUCCCAACUCCACCUUCCCACCUUGCCCCCCAGGCACGCAGUCAAACAUCUCUCCUCCCUCUCCUCGCCAGUCUCCAGGGGAGCCUAUCAGAGCCCCCCGCACCUUCCCCUCUCGCCCGCCCGAGGGCCAAUCACUGGGUGGAGAGAGGCGGCCACACCCCUAUUUCCUAGACACACCCCUAUGUCACCUGAAGGUUCCAACAGCCUCACCAUGGGCAGGCAUCAUGCCAUCAGUGCCCUCACUAGGACGCAUGCCAAAACAGGUGCCAAUGCCAGCGCUACCUCACUCAAGGUGACAACCAGAGAGUCUGUAGCUGUCAUGCAGAGUGCCACCUCUUCCAAAGUUACUCCUCCAUACUCCACCUACCCCAAGGUUACUCCACCCCAAUCCAAGGUUACUCCACCCCAAUCCAAGGUUACUCCACCCCAAUCCAAGGUGACUCCACCCCAUUCCUCAGCCAACACAGAGUCCGGGCAGACAACCCAAGGGAAGCUCAUAAAUGUAGUAGUUGUGCCCACCAUGACCAAGCCCUGGACCCUCCCUAAAGCCGUGGCCCCACUGACCGCAGCCCUCUCCUCCAUUACCUACUCCCUCUCUGAGUCCGAGUUCUCCGCCGACGGAGCACUGACGGGGCCUGGCUCGAACCCCUCUGACCUACCUGACCACCCACAGGAACCCCUGGUCUCCCUCGCCCUCACCACCCCUGCCCGGAAGCACCACUACACUCCCCCCCUCCACAGGGCCACGUCUCCCCACCUCCACCGUGGGACCAGGAUCAGUAAUACUGUGGCAGUGGAGCGGGAGCGGCCUCUGACCUGCGCUGACAUGCCCUGUUUCCCAGGGGUCCCCUGUGAACCCACCAGGGACGGGGGCUUCCACUGUGGAAGGUGUCCCCUGGGAUACACCGGAGACAGACAAACAUGCAGAGCUGUGUGCAGGCAUGCGUGUGGCAGGAACAUGGAGUGUGCCGCUCCCAACACAUGCCGCUGUAAACCAGGCUACACCGGGACCAACUGUCAAACAGCGAUCUGUAAACCUGAGUGUAGGAACGGAGGCCAGUGCGUCGCCCCGGGGGCGUGUGAGUGCCUGAAAGGCAACCACGGGGAGACGUGUGAGACAGCUCUGUGCAGUCUGCCCUGUGAGCAUGGAGGAACAUGCGUGGGACCCAGAACCUGCUCCUGUCCCUACGGCUUUGUGGGCCCCAGAUGUGAGACCAUGGUGUGUAACCGCCACUGUCACAACGGAGGAGAGUGUGUGUCUCCUGAUGAGUGUUCCUGUCUGCCUGGCUGGACCGGACCCUCCUGUGAGACAGCUGUGUGCUUCCCUAUGUGUCGGAACGGAGGGACUUGUCUUCGUCCGAACACAUGUGGCUGUCCCCGGGGCUUCUACGGCGCCCAGUGUCAAAACGCUGUCUGCAGCCCUGCCUGUAAGAACGGGGGCGUAUGCAUGAGAAACAGCGUCUGCUCCUGCGCCGAGGGAUACACCGGAUGGCGCUGUGAAAAAAGUGUGUGUGAGCCCAUGUGUAUGAACGGCGGGCGGUGCGUGGGUCCAGAUGUGUGUGACUGUCCAUCUGGAUGGAGAGGAAAGCGGUGCGAUAAACCCACUUGUCUACAGAAGUGUCUGAAUGGAGGAGAGUGUGUUGGCCAUAACACUUGCCACUGUCCUCCAGGCUGGCAGGGCAUGCUAUGCCAAGCCCCACUCUGUGAACAGAAGUGUCUUUAUGGGAGCCGGUGUAUCCGCCCUAAUGUAUGUGCCUGCAGGAAAGGGUAUUCAGGGGUCCUGUGUUCCCAUAAGCUCCCAAUUCCACGAGGCUAAUGGAGGACUGGGAGCUAUGUACUGAAGAAGCUGGGCUGAAACAAGACAAUGAAACUCCUAAUGGAACCACCACACUGACUAUUAGGAUGCUCAAUGCCCACGGUUUUUGUUUCUUCAAAAACAAAAUUGUAAUAUACGGCACAAUUCCAAACAUUAGGAUCUGUACAUGACCAAUGUAUGUAUAAUAUUUGUAUAAUUUUUUUCUUAGAACCAGUAAUACUGUAUUUUAUAUAUUAAAGUCUGGCUUUUUUUAAAAAAAAAGAUUAAAACAAAGCACAACACAGUCCUUUUUACUGUGGAACAAACUCAUCAAGUUGGCAGUUUACGAUCAAACUAAAAACUCACUUGGAAUUGUUAUUUAUUUGGUUGUCUGAUGUUUUAUAAUUUCAUACUGUUGUAAAUAUUAUAGGGUUUUUCAUUACUCACAAAUAAAACCCAGGCAAUGUAUGAUAUUAAAGUCCAUUUGUUAUGUCCAAUACAUAGUCUCGAUCCUCAUUCUGCA